UUAGGUCAGCUCUUUGCUUAAAUAAUUAGUAUGAACCUGCCAAAUUCUCAAUUUCAAGUGAACCUCUCAGUCCACCCUGGAAGUGGUAGGUCAUGAUAUGUCAAAAACAUCAAAAUUGGUGUGUCAAUAAUUUAGUGUUGAUGAUUAGGCUGAAGACAAAACCAUGUGAUCCUUCAUGCGCAUCAACAGACCUGGUCCAAACCAUUCACUGGCUUACAUUAGAGCAUUUCGACUGUACUCUUUAAUGUUGUUGUAUAUAUACACAAAAACAUUUGGACUUAAAAGCAACACAAGUACUUACAUUCUCAAGCAUCAAGAGCUCCUUCCCUUUCAAAGUCUUUAUUGAUCUCUCUUGUUCGUCCAUAACAAAAUAUGGGUUUCCGUCUGCCUGCUAUUCUUAGUGCUAAGAAAAUUCUUCUGAGGUCUCCUUCUGCAAACCAAACAGCUUCAGUAGCCAUGGAAGUGCCAAAGGGCUACCUUGCAGUCUAUGUAGGAGAAAAGCCAAUGAAAAGAUUUGUGAUUCCAGUAUCAUACUUGAACACACCUUCGUUUCAAGACUUGUUAAUCCAUGCUGAAGAAGAAUUUGGAUAUGAUCAUCCAAUGGGUGGUAUUACGAUUCCAUGUAGUGAAAACAUGUUCAUUGAUGUCAUUUCUGGCUUAAAUUGUUCAUGAGACUUAAACUCUGAACACACAAUUUUGUAAAGAAUAGAGUUAAAAAGUACAAUGUAUACAAAAGCAUUAGCAUUGAUCAUUUACUUCUUUUUUCUUCAA